GUUAACACGCCAGAACGCAGAGUUCCUAAAAAGUCUAGGACUAAAAUUACGUGGAAAAUUCACAAGAUAAAAAUAAAUUUUUGUUGUCUAGCUUGCGUAAUACCAUGGCGGAAAUCUUAGAUAUAAAAAAAUCGAUUAUUUUUUAUGAGUCUAUCACGCACUGUGAAGCUCAUUCACACCUACCAUACGCAUCAUCAACAUUUAACAACAGUGAUGAAAUCAGGAUUGCUGUUCAGCAUCAAGAUCUAUGCUUGCUCCCAAGCAAGAGCACAUUACAUUUUUAUGGAAGAAUGAGAAAAGCUGAUGGUUCUGCUGUGAGUGCUACUACAAAGAUGAUCAACAUGGUUGUCUGUCAUAUCAGUAUCUCUUCUGCCCCGAGUGAGCUGAAUGGUGUAGAAAUUGACAGAUGUAAGAAUGUUGGUAUUACCAGUGUUAUGAAAGGAUACGCAUCUCUGAGUCCAGGACAGCAAAAUAUUUUGGAAAGUGCUGGUUGGAUUAUUAAAGAGGAUGACAACAAGUUGACUGAUGUUAAUGGCUACUUUGAUGUCUCAGUACCGCUGAGUUUUAUCCUCGGAUUUGCUGAAGAUUAUCAUUGA